GUUAAGGUCUCACGGUAUAAACAUGUCGUCAUCGUCGUUUAUGUGUGUGACACUCCUUACAAGGUAGCGGGGCCUGCUGGUGGGGACCAGAGCAUCUGGGGCCUCUAAGGUUUCCUCUGCAAGCUAACUUUAACAUCCUGGAGGAUGAGGGAGGGGGUUGUGGAGAGACACCUCCAGGUUAUAUUUGGACCAUCAUACUUUUAAACCCUCAAGAACCUCAGCGGAAGCCAUUGUUUGUGUUGCUCAUUAAGUAGAACCUCUUACAACAUCAACCCCCUCAUGUGAACAUGAGGAGGAGUGUGGCCAAGGUUCCUAGAAACGUAAGGGUUCUGACAUGGUUUUGGCCUUGGUUAGGACUUGUGGGCCUACAGGUUGGAACCAAAGUCCUCAGUCAGGUAGAAGAGGCCCUGGAGGAGGAGGAGUAGAAGAAGAAGAAUCAAGUCUGGAGGCUGCCAGGCAGAGGAACAUCUGACAAGCUGACAGAAGGUUCUGUGGUACCGAGCGCGUGACCUCACGCAGCAGGAAUGUGAGCAUUAAGCAGGCCGUGUUCCAACACGUGUGAAGCAGGACCUCCUCCAUGCAUGACCAUCCUCAGAAGGCUGACGGCGCAGAGGAGCAUGGAGGAUGCAGAGGAAGCAGAGAGGGAGCGGCGGCGGCGAGCUCGUGAGGCGUCCUGGCACAGGAACAGCGAUUCGGUGCCGAAGGAGGAGAGCGACACGUACGACUUCAAGCCCAGCAGCUCUCCAUCAUUGGAGGAGGACGAGGGCUUCAGCGACUGGACGCAGCGGCGAGAGAGGCGGCUGCAACAGCGCCUCCAGGAGGUUGUCCACAGAGGCACAGAGGACAAAGAGGAUGAAGAGGAACACAAUGCUGUAAACAGAACAUCCCCUGAAAACACCUCCAUCACGUCCUCCGGUCGCCUGAUGCGUGAUGCUGAUGAUGGUGAUGAAGACGGGCAGGCGGAAGGAAGACAACAAGUCCAAGUGUCGUACACGUCCAAGGUUUUCCUUGUCCAAGAUCCCAAACACUCCAAUACAGAUGCAGACCACCAGGAAGUGACAUCAUCCCCCAACAACCAAUCAGAGAAGCCCGCCAGGUCCAGCGAGCAGGGCGAGGCAGACGCCAUCGUAGAGGCUGAGCGCCGCCUGGAGAAGAUCCGCUGCGGCCUGCAGGAGAAGGAGAACCAGGAGGCGGAGCAGCUGAGGUGUUGGCAGGCGGAGGCCGAGCUGGAGCUGGAGGAGCUGAAGGGGAGGCGGGAGCUGAGGUGCCACGUCCACCAGGAGGAGGAGCAACGGAGGGAGAAGGAGGAGAAGCAGCGGCUCGCCAAAGAGGAGGAGGAGCGUCGGCGCAUGAGGGAGGACAUGGAGAGGAGGAGGAUGGACGCAGCGGUGACGAUGAAGAGCAUGAGCGAGCACGACGCUGUCGAGGCCUGCAGCCCCUUCAGUCCCAAGACGCCCACCCACAAAAUCACAGAGAGGACAGAAUCUCUGAACCGCUCACUGAAGAAAAGUAACAGUUUUAAGAAGACGCAAGCGCUCGUCCUCGUCAGCAAGAUUGACGACAAGAUGGAGAAGUACGCCCACGCCGUGGAGAACUCUCAGGAACCUCGAGGGGCGAAGGCGCCGAUGGUUGACAUGCCCAACUCGCUGGAGGCCGUCACUUUCAAGAAGAACCUCUUUGAGGCCGGCGAGGCCUGGUCCAGCAGUCCCGCAAAGACAACAGCCAGCAAGGACACUGAGGGGUUAAAAGUAGGCGUGGCCAACAUGAUCACUCAGUGGGUCAAAGGUCAAGCAGACAGCAGCCGACCUUCACAGAGCCGACCAGCAGAUGUGAAGUGUGGAGAUGUGAUGCAAAAGAAGAACAUGUGGGAGAUCAUUGGAGAUUCAUCAGGGAAGCAGGGACAAAACAUGAUGGGCUCUGCUGCAAAUAAGAAGUACAAGUUUGUGGUGACUGGACACGGCAAGUACGAGAAGAUCACCGUGGGGCACGGAGGAGAUGGCACCAAUGCAGAGUCAGAUUUAUAUCAAAGUGACUACUGAGGUGCUCUCAUUUCCCCAGCUUGGACUGAAACCAUCAACCCGAACAACCAGCAUUCCAACACUUAUUAUGCUGACUUAACCUGAUGCCAAUCACAUUGCAGCCCUUCUUGCUCACGUUGUGUGUAUAUAUACAGUAUACAGUAUAUACUGUAUUUGACUAUUUCACAUGUGUUUAUUCACGUCACAUGGACACCUGUCACUUCCUGUUUCAAUGACUGGGGCUUUUUUUUCUACUAUAAACAUAUUUUUGAUUAUGCUUGUAUGACUCUAUACUUAGCUUUUUUAAGUCAA